AUGUAUAAGAUAGAGCCGUUGCUUCCAAGCGAUGCGUUUUCGUUAGAUACAAUAAAUCUAGACUAUAGUACAGAAAGCUAUGCAUUGAGCUACUACCUAUACUACAUGAUAAAUCAUACGGAAGACUGCAUGGCGGUUGUUUCAUCUAAAGAAAGAAAGCAUUCAUUUUAUUGCCUAAGGGAGGUCUAUGGAAUUUUGAUGGGAAGACUAGAAGAAAAAGAAGGAGGAGUAGUAUGUGCACACAUUUCUGUACUGAGUGUGCAGUUUGGAAAACGAAGGAAUCGGUUUGCAAGGCUCUGUAUGGAUAUAUUAGAGAACAAUGCAAACAUAUACAAAGCAUACUUUAUGGACUUGUAUGUUAGGUGUACCAAUACAUAUGCAAUCGAUUUUUACAAGAGAUUAGGUUACACUGUUUACAGGCGAAUUUUUGAUUAUUACUAUGAUAAAAACGGUUAUGAGGAUGCAUUAGACAUGAGGAAGUCCCUAAAACUUGAUCCUGAAAAGAAAUUUAUGCAAGAAGGUACAGACUUACAUGCUUCAAAAUUAAAUUAA